GGCCGCGCGAGCCAGGCGGACAGCUGGGCUCCUGGCGGGUCACUAAGGACUCGCGGCCGCCCCGUCCCCGCCAUGGCCGCGCGCCUCCUCCGCGGCUGCCUGCGCUUGCGGCCCGGCGGGUGGGCCCUGCGUCCUCUGCCCGCGCGAUGUUCUCAUUCCGGAGGGGAGGAACGUCUAGAAACUCCUUCUGCUAAAAAAUUAACAGAUAUAGGAAUUAGAAGAAUCUUCUCUUCAGAGCAUGACAUUUUCCGGGAAAGUGUAAGGAAGUUUUUUCAAGAAGAAGUGAUUCCUCAUCACGCAGAAUGGGAGAAAGCUGGAGAAGUGAGUAGGGAGCUUUGGGAAAAAGCUGGGAAGCAAGGCCUGCUCGGCGUCAACGUCGCAGAGCGUCAUGGUGGCGUUGGGGGGGACGUGUACGCAGCAGCUGUGGUCUGGGAGGAGCAAGCAUAUUCAAAUUGUACAGGCCCAGGUUUUAGUCUUCACUCAAAUAUUGUCAUGCCCUAUAUUGCAAACUAUGGCUCAGAAGAGCAGAUUAAGCACUUCAUCCCCCAGAUGACUGCAGGGAGGUGUAUUGGUGCCAUAGCAAUGACCGAGCCUGGAGCUGGAAGUGAUUUGCAAGGAGUAAGAACAAAUGCCAGAAAGGAUGGAAGCGACUGGAUCCUCAAUGGAAGCAAGGUGUUCAUCACUAACGGGUGGCUGAGUGAUGUUGUGAUCGUAGUGGCGGUCACAGAUCGUGAAGCUCGCUCUCCUGCCCACGGCAUUAGCCUUUUUCUGGUGGAAAAUGGAAUGAAAGGAUUUAUCAAAGGACGAAAGCUACAUAAAAUGGGACUAAAAGCCCAGGAUACUGCAGAAUUAUUCUUUGAAGAUGUACGGUUGCCAGCUAGUGCCUUACUUGGAGAAGAGAAUAAAGGCUUCUAUUACCUCAUGCGAGAGCUUCCACAGGAAAGGCUAUUGAUUGCUGACUUGGGAAUUUCAGCCAGUGAAUUCAUGUUUGAAGAAACGAGGACCUAUGUUAAACAAAGAAAAGCUUUUGGGAAAACAGUUGCACAUCUACAGACGGUGCAGCAUAAGCUAGCAGAGUUGAAAACUCACAUCUGUGUAACCAGAGCUUUUGUGGACAGCUGUCUCCAGCUGCAUGAAGCGGGACGUCUGGACUCCACCACUGCUUCCAUGGCCAAAUACUGGACCUCUGAGUUACAAAACAGCGUAGCUUAUGACUGCGUCCAGCUGCACGGAGGAUGGGGAUACAUGUGGGAGUUCCCAAUUGCAAAAGCUUAUGUGGAUGCCCGAGUUCAGCCAAUCUAUGGUGGCACCAAUGAAAUAAUGAAGGAGCUGAUUGCAAGAGAGAUCGUCAGUGACAAGUAGACGUCUGCCCACGUCCUGGAAUCCUAUUACAACUAAUCUGGUUUUAAAUCUACUCAAGGCAAAAUGCAACCUGGAAAGGGAGCAAGCACUGAACCUGUUUUUAUAUGCUCUCUCUAUAGAGAAAGGAAUCAAAUACAAAAAAGAUUAACACAGAGGGAGGAGGAAUCUUUGAAUCCAAAGAUUCUAAAAUUCUCCAAUAUAAAGUUUACUUUUAAUUUUUGAUGUAGCUAAAAAGCAAAAAUUUACCAACUCUAGAAAACUUAAUGUCUCAUUUAUCCGUAAAAUUCUAAAAAGGCAUAAUUGUUUACAUCUUUAAAAUUGAGGCAGAAAUAAUGUUAUUAUACUACAAAAACAUUAAUAAUACCUACAGCACAUUGACUUUGAAAGGGAAAAAUAAAUAUAAUUCAGAACACAGAAUAAUUUCAGCUCUCUUUUGCUCCCAACUCCCCAGACACAGUUGUUUCUGCUCCCCUGUCCUAAGCCUGUGUUGCUGAGCAGUGGAGCCCUUUCUUCAGACAAAACCUUGUGCUGAGUCCCUGUGAAAUGCUGCUGAAUGGGGAGCUGCUCCUGGCAGCAGGAAGCCUUCCUGCCUCACUGCCUGGGCACCAUGGGACUUGGCUGGGCAUUUGCUUCCCUGGACUAGAGAAUGCAGUUGCCUCUCUCAUCUACUCACACCUGGGCUUUCAAGAGGUUUACAUCCAGUUUAAUAGGAGAACACAGAAUAAUCCAUCCUUUAGUUUAAAACUAUUGGUGUAUUUUAUAGGUAUCAAAAUAAUGACUUUUAUUUUGGAAGAAUGUACUUUUAAAAAUUAAAUACUUUCUAGCUUCUCUAAGCCAGGUGUUGAAUAUGAUGGCAAAUGAAACUGGCAAGAUCCCUGCAAAUAAGUGAAUAAAACAAAAAGGUUGUAAUAAGAUAAUUUCAAAUCAUGUCAGUAUAAUAAAAGAAACGAAGUAAGCAUUUAAAAUAAAGUGAGGAAACAUUUGAUUUGAGACUUAAAAGUAAUUAUCAAAAAUAAGCCAUUAAUUUAAGUUUCUCCACUGCUGGCAUCAUUUCAGGGCUUGUUUGUCUUUGCAUAUGCUGGUGAGAGAGUGAAUUAAGUAGUCUUUAAAUGGAAACAAAUGGAUGUAUUCUUAUUCAACUUAGAAAACCUAAACACUUUAUUUGGUGUCAUUGGUAUUAAAGAUUGUUUUUUAAUGUAAUCAUUACAACUGGAUAGAGCAGAAGGAAGAGAAAAUACUUUGAUCCCAUUUUUUUCCUAGAAUUAACAUGUUUGAUUUGCACUUGGGUAGAAGUUUGUAUGAUUGCCAGCUUGAGUUCCUGCUCAUAUGCACUAAAUACCAUGCAAAAUGGGUUAAAUAAAUUUUUA